AUGGGUGGCCGAAACCGCACUCGCAAGAGCAAGUCUUUCGCUCCUUGGUUUCAAACUAUUCGCGCGAUGCCUGGACUCUCUGUUCACGGCAGUCUCCAGAAGCCUCUCGUCACGCGCAACUCGAUGGAAGCCUUUUUGUUCAUGCUCACGGGAAUCAAGGCUGGACAGACCCCCAAUAACAGCACGGCCAUGUCGGACUUCAACCGUACGAUUACGGUCGCGCGCCGCGCCUCCGAGAUCCUCAAAACCGCCAUCGCGAUCGUUGAAAAGACCCACGACGUCUCCCACUGGAGCCUUGCAGAUCUUUGGCAGGCCGCCUUGACCGAGCUAUCCAAGAAGGGACCCACGUGGAGAUUCAAGGUCGCUGCAUACGCCUCUGAGGAGGUGAUGGACGUGUUCAUCAAAGCUCGUUCGGAUCUGUCAACCGCUGGGCGUGCCCGCCAGGUCGCAUCCGAGGACAUCCAGCAGUUUCUUGACGCACUCGACAAGUUCAUCGACAUGAAAUCCCAGCACAACCUUCGCCCCCGACCCCGUUCGCGCCGCCGAGCCCGACCUGCGCCCGAGCUUCGCUCCGGCCAGGCAGAGGUUCGGGAUGUGCAGAACCAUGAGAACGCCUCAGUUGGAGACAUGGUCGAUGAUGACUCAGAUUCUGAGAAGCCUGUCAUCAAGCCCGAGCGCAUCGUCCCGGUUCCUGACGCCUAUGCUACUAUGAAUCGACAGCCGUCAAUCUCUCCCGAGAACAUCGAUCGCAUCCAAGUUCUUGUCGCUGAGAAGGAAGCUCUUGCCGCUGAGAAGGAAGCAUUUGCCGCUGAGAAGGAAGCUCUUGAGAGAGGCCGCGAACUUCAAGAUCUGCAAGAGGGAUACGAUGAGCUCGAUGAUGAGAAUGAUGGGCUGCUGGAGGAGAAUGAUAAGCUCGCCGAUCAUUGCGAUAUUCUCAAGGACACAGUCUGGGACUAUCAGAGAUGGUUAAAUGCCGACGAACGCACCAUUCGCACCCAAGAGAUCAUGAUCGCCCGCUACCAAGAGGCAAUGCGCCUACAGCAAGCCGAGAUUCGAAGACUGCGGGAGGAGGAUGCCUUGCGUCAGGCUCGAAGCAUCCUCCGAGCCUGGGCCCAGUACCAGGAGGGAAGACGCCACCACUGUUAG